AUUUUAAAACACAGAUGAAAACUUAUUCUUACGCAAAGCAGUAGCCAGAGGUCUCUGAAACCCUACCACGAAAAGAGAAAGAAAUGCCCCCAAACCAGAAGGGAGUCUCCUCUUCCUUGCUUAAGCAAGUCUCAUCACUACUUGCCUGCCAGGAAACAUUUACAGCUAAUAAACUGCACCUUAAAGGAACAGACCUACAUCGCCCCUAGAAAAUCACGAGGGAUAACCAGCCCAUCGGAUUUUGCAAACAAGGUGCUGAGGGCAGAGCGCUGGGUCCGUUCCACCUUAAGGGAGGUUGAGGGCCGGCUUCCCUGCUCCCCGCCCGCCUGAUAGGUGGCUGGUGCGAGAGGGGCGGGGCCUGACAGCGCUCGGUAUAAAUAUUCAUGAGAGCGCGGUGACCGGCCUGGCGCUGUUGGGGCCGGAGAGCGAGAAGUUGUGCAAAGGGCCCUGUGGCUGCCGAGACCCAGGUGGCUCCGCAGCGGCAAGGGGGGAUUACAGCGCCUGCGGCCGGACCGUGCUGCUGCGGGCUCGGGGAAGCUCGCACGGCUGCAGGGGCACCGGGGACCCCCGGGCGGUGCGGGCCGGCUGCUGGGGGCCGCGCAGGCUAGGUCCGUGGCUCCGGGAGCCCUCAGCCAUCUUGGCUGGGCACCGCAGGGACUGAAGGCGAAAGUUGCGGCACCCGGCCGGGAGCCCAGCGGCCGCUGAAGCAGCGGGGAGCGCGGGUGUAGCCCCUGAGCCAACAGGAGAUGAGAGCGCGGCUGAGAAGCCUCCCCCGAGCGGACUGAGCGCGCACACCCCCGCGGGCUCUACGCGCCUGUCCCUGGACCGCUGCAGGAGACGCUGAAGCGGGCUGUUUGCGGGGCUUCCCCCCUGUCCCGGACAGGCCAGAAGAAGCGUCCCCGGGGCUGUGUCCUUCCCGGGUGGCGGUGCGUUCCCGGGCACCUGCAGCAGCAAGCCGGGGGGUUCGCCCUGCGGGCAGAGGCGGAACGCGGGGCUGCCUGCAGGACAAUACACCCCGGCGGCGGGGCGCCCCGGGAGAGGCCGUCGCUCAGGGCGUUUGCGGUGCCCCCGGCGCCUUCCGCUACUAGGACUCGGAGCUGCCGGGCGGCCGCCGCCUCUCGCCGAGCAUGGAGCGGAGUUACCUGCUGGAAAUCACCUCGUUGCUAGCUGCCUUCUCCCUGCUGCAGCGCUCGAGCGCCGCCGCUGCCGCCGCCUCCUCUGUUGCCGCCGCCGCUGCCUCCUCGGCCAAGGAGCUGUCGUGCCAGGAGAUCACCGUGCCCCUGUGCAAAGGCAUCGGCUACAACUACACCUACAUGCCCAACCAGUUCAACCACGACACGCAGGACGAGGCGGGGCUGGAGGUGCACCAGUUCUGGCCGCUGGUGGAGAUCCAGUGCUCCGCCGACCUGCGCUUCUUCCUCUGCAGUAUGUACACCCCCAUCUGCCUGGAGGACUAUAAGAAGCCGCUGCCUCCCUGCCGCAGUGUCUGUGAGCGGGCCAAGGCCGGCUGCGCCCCGCUCAUGCGCCAGUACGGCUUCGCCUGGCCAGACAGGAUGCGCUGUGACCGCCUGCCGGAGCAGGGCAACCCGGACACGCUGUGCAUGGACUACAACCGCACUGACCUCACCACCGCCGCGCCGCCCCCGGCCAAGCCCCCGCACCGCGCCGGGAAGGCGGGUGGCGCUGUAAGGCCCCCCGCGGCCGCUGCGCCGCCGGCCGAGCCCCCCCGCAAGCCUCGGCCGCCUCCCCCUUGCGAGCCGGGCUGCCAGUGCCGGGCGCCCAUGGUAUCCGUGUCCAGCGAGCGCCACCCGCUCUACAACCGGGUGAAGACGGGGCAGAUCGCCAACUGCGCGCUGCCCUGCCACAACCCCUACUUCAGCCCGGAUGAGCGCGCCUUCACCGCCUUCUGGAUCGGCCUGUGGUCCGUGCUCUGCUUCCUCUCCACCUUCGCCACCGUCUCCACCUUCCUCAUCGACAUGGAGCGGUUCAAGUACCCGGAGCGGCCCAUCAUCUUCCUGGCCGCCUGCUACCUCUUCGUCUCGCUUGGCUACCUGGUGCGCCUGGUGGCCGGGCACGAGAAGGUGGCGUGCAGCGGCGGGGCGGGAGCCGGCGGAGCCGGGGCUGGAGCAGCUGGGGCUGGCGGGAGCGCAGCAGCUGGGGCCGCGGGCGGGCGGGGCGCGGCGGGGGGCGCGGCGGAGCUGCAGCCGGAGCUGGCUGUGGCCGAGCACGUGCGCUACGAGAGCACGGGCCCGGCGCUGUGCACCGUGGUCUUCCUGCUGGUGUACUUCUUCGGCAUGGCCAGCUCCAUCUGGUGGGUCAUCCUCUCCCUCACCUGGUUCCUGGCCGCCGGCAUGAAGUGGGGCAACGAGGCCAUCGCCGGCUACGCUCAGUACUUCCACCUGGCCGCCUGGCUGCUGCCCAGCGUCAAGUCCAUCGCCGUGCUGGCCCUCAGCUCCGUGGACGGCGAUCCCGUGGCCGGUAUCUGCUACGUGGGCAACCAGAGCCUGGAGAACCUGCGGGGCUUCGUGCUGGCGCCGCUGCUCAUCUACCUGGCCAUCGGCUCCAUGUUCCUGCUGGCCGGCUUCGUCUCCCUCUUCCGCAUCCGCAGCGUGAUCAAGCAGCAGGGCGGCCCCACCAAGACGCACAAGCUGGAGAAGCUGAUGAUCCGCCUGGGGCUCUUCACCGUGCUCUACACGGUGCCGGCCGCCAGCGUGGUGGCCUGCCUCUUCUACGAGCAGCACAACCGGCCCCGCUGGGAGGCCACGCACAACUGCCCCUGCCUCCGCGACCAGCAGCCCGACCAGGCCCGCCGCCCCGACUACGCCGUCUUCAUGCUCAAGUACUUCAUGUGCCUGGUGGUGGGCAUCACCUCCGGGGUCUGGGUCUGGUCCGGGAAGACCCUGGAGUCCUGGAGGGCCCUCUGCACCCGUUGCUGCUGGGCGAGCAAGGGAGCCGCAGCCGCCGGGCCCCCUGGGGCAGGGGGCGGGGGGCAGGUUGCUGCCUCGGCGGUGGGGGGACUGGCGGGGGGAGGAGGAGGCGGGGGCUCCAUGUACAGCGAUGUCAGCACUGGCUUAACUUGGAGAUCGGGCACUGCCAGUUCUGUGUCUUACCCCAAGCAGAUGCCCUUGUCUCAAGUGUGAGAGCUGGAGAGGCUUGGUGGGGGCUGGCCUGUAUGAAAUGCUUCCUCACUGUUUGGUGCCAUUAAUGAACCCCUAAUGGUCCCCAUUAGCUACGGCUUGUGCAGAACAAUUCAGCCGGCAGAGGCCCCAAGCACUAGCUCCCCUUCUUCCCCCAUCUCCAUUCAUAUGCAGGGAGCAUGUACUUCAAGGCGUCAGCUUAUUAUUGUGCUGGCAGAAAAGGGUGGAGGAGGCUCAGCAGUUUCUGGAGGGAGCAGGACAAGAAGUAGUUUGAUUCUCUCUGUGGACUUGCAGUAGAGCUCCCUUCAACGGGGGUCCCGUCCUCCUUAUACCUAGUCCAAGGGAGGAGGUUAUUUGGCCUGAAAGGACUGCAGGUUUUGGGUAUUCUUAACGACCAGGCAAAUGCCUUAAACACACAAAUCAUGUCUUAAUUAUACACCCAAAAUAAAUACGGGUUUUGCAGUAAACAAUGUAUUUAUAUAAUUAUUUGUUACUUUGUGCAAAUAUGUAAGAUAUGUAUAUAUCCAAAGCUAUACAGUCUGUACAUUUUUUGUAAAGUUUAGAGGCUCCCCCUGUAAGAGCAAAUAUGAGUAUUCUAUUUUGUCAAUAAAAUGACUUUUGAUAAAUGACUUUUCCAAGCUUCCCCCUCCUACCCUGAUUAUUCCAGAUGUUGUUAGUAGUUAACUGUCACUGAAAGAUGUCACUAUAAGCUAUAUUACAAUGCAGUUACUUAUCUUUAACUUAAUGUGAGGUUUUUUAAAGAAACAAUUUUUUAGACUGACUUGUUGAAUGUUCUAAAACUUGAGGUGCCUUAUAAUUCUUUGCUGCUCUGUAAGCCAUCAUACUGUAUGUAAACUAAAGUUGUACAAGGCAGUAAUUUCACACAUGCCUUGUUAUGUAUCCUGUAAAAUGGAUGUUAUUUUAGGAAUGUGAACACUCACCCUACCUUUCAUAGCUAUUGUCUGGUUUUGGUUUUUUUGUAAGCACCUGCCUUUAGAGGGGCUGUAUACUGCUAAAGUGUAAAGGUUAAUGUUUCAAAUCCAUAGAUCAUAUUUUACAGUAGAACCGUGAGUUGGGAAUUGUUAGAUCAGUCUUUCCUUAACAGAUUAAACUAACAGGUUAACAUCUUAACCUUUCAUACUUAACUUCUGUAUAUCAAAUAUGGUCCUUUUUUAAAAGAAAAGGUAUUGUUCUUCUGUCAAGGCUAAGCUAAUUUGAGUAGAAGGCUGUUGAAUUAACAGAUGAAUGCUUUGGUAAUUGUUGAACUUUUUACCUGUCUGCUCAGUGGCUCAGAACAUCGUUUCUUUUAAGAGGAGCUAACUGAAUAGGGUUAAUCUGUAGGGAACUUGGUCUCUUUUGAGUUUGGAAAAACUUUGAUCUUUUCUCUUCUCCAAACAUGAUGUAUAGUCUGAAGUUUCUUUCCCUGCUGCUGCGUUCCUCUUGUUGCAGAACUGGCCACCAUGGAGCCUUAAAGUUCUUCAAUUAAAGAUGUGGGAUUUUUAAAAAAAAUAAAUAAAAAGAGGAAGACUUGUAACAGUUAACAGGAGAGGGAAAAGGGAGAACAGCCUUUUAAACAGCUUUUUCCCUCCAUUGUUAGCCAGUCUGCAGGCAGCAAGACAUGGGUUGGAGCAGUAUAGGAAAAAAAGGCAUGAAUGCCCUACAGGUGGUCUGCUCACAUAAUCUACCCAAUUUAAAGCAUUUUCCUUUGCAGGACAAUUGAAUUACAAAACUCCCUUCUCUUUUACUCCUAAUUGAAGCAAAGAACAACUUAUUAGAACCGAAAAGUUUCUUUAAAAAAAACAAA